AUGUAUAUCCUGGGGAAAUCAAAAGGAAAUGCUAGAGAUGAAGAUACUCGAACAGAAGUGAGGAAUGCAUUUGCUGGGCCCAUUAGGAGACUGAACAUGGCCAAAGGAAGAAUCAUUGAGCUUGAAGAUCUGUCAACAGAGACUUUCCAAACUGAAAAAGAAAUAGAAAGUGCCAGAUUCACCACUGCAGCCAGCAUUUACUUUGGUGGCACAUCCAACACUUGCUCUAGUUUCAGUGGUGGGACUAGCCUUAACUUUGGUAGUGUGCCCAGUGGUGCAGUCAGCAUUAGUUCUAGUUUCAGUAGGGAAGCCAACAUUAACUUUGGUGGCACACUUAGUACCAGUGCCAAUUUUGGUGGUAGGGUCAGCUCUAGUUUCAGUAGCCCACUCAACACCAUUACCAAUGGCGAUUCUGGCUUUAGAGACACUGCACUACAACUGGCUUCAGCAGCACUAGCUUUGGUCAGGCACACAGCACUAGUGUGUUUUAGUGGUACACUGAGCACCAGUAGGCUUGGUGACACACUCAACACUUGUGUCUGCUAUGGUGGCUCUCCCUACUCCAGUGCCUGUUCUGGUAGCACACUCAGUACCAGUAUCUGGUUUGGUGGUUCUCUUAGCACCAUUGCUAGUUUUGACAACAUAUUCAGUCACUGUUUCAGUGGCUCUUCUAAGACCAGUGAUGAUUUUGGCAGUAUGCUAAGCACCAUUAUCUGUUUUGGUGGUUCUCCCAACAUUAGUGCAUACUUUAGUGGUGCACUCAACACAAGUGUUGGCUUUGGUGGUACACUCAAUAGUACUGGUUUUAGCAGUGCUGUCAUUACCAACUCCAACAACCCAUGCAGCACCAACUCUGGCUUUGGCAGUGUGUUCAGCACCAAUGCUGAUGUCAGUGGGGCAAUUAGCACCACUAAUUACUUUGGACAAGCUCCUAGCACCAGCAUUGGUUUUGGUGGAACUCCCCUCAUUGGUCUCUGCUUUGGCAGUGCUUUCAAUACCAAUUUAUGUCCUAGUACCAGUGCCACUUUUGGUAAAUGGGUUAAGCACCAGCACUGGAUUUAG